CAGUCAGGUUUUCUUUGGGAGUGACAAUUUGGAAUUUUCAGAAUUCUGUUGAGGGCGACAAUCGGUUCUCCUGUUCUCACCCAUCUGGUCGAACGCCCCAUCGGAACGACCUUCAUCCUCACUUCGAUUCCCAAAAUAGCAUGGAGAAAUUCUCGAAUUGGAGAGAUCCAUCCACAGGUCUUGCACCAUUUGUUUAUCCGCCACCACCUCUAUCCAACUUCAGGCAUCCAGCUCUAUUGAGCAUACCAUUUUACGUGUUGGCAUUUCUACGAACGAUCUCACUGGUCGGAUUGGCCCUCAAUUAUCUUAUUCUUGAUCAAGCAUUGAAUCCUAUGUUUAUCACCUCCCCAGGCUUGUGGAAAUUUUUUAGGUCAUGGUUGUCAUGUAUCCUGGGGAGGAUGGCUCUUUACCUACUCGGAUUCACUCGCCUACCUGCGGAUAGUCCAUUCUCGAGUCUCAGAGGCAUCCCAACUAGGUCUCGAGUCGGACCUGGCGACGUGAUCGUAGUUAAUUGGUGCAGCUACGUUGACAUAAUCUAUCUAGCGUACCUAUUUGAUCCGAUUUUCAUCAUUCCCAGUCCAAGCUCACAGCCACAACAAGAUCAUGACGCAAUUCACGGGUUUUGCGCUCGAUCUAUUCUAAGUUUGAUCACCACAUCUGGACAUCCCCCAUCCGCCAGCGAUGAGCACACCGAAGCUUCAGAAAAGAUGCCUAGAACAUUAUCUGAAUGGGUUCUAAGGGCGAAGAUCUCUAGUCAACCAGUGGUCGUAUUCCCAGAAGCUACCACAUCAAAUAAUCGAGCUAUCUUGCGCUUUGUCAAAUUGACUGCCAAGCUUCGAGGAACGCAUCGUCAGGACAUCAGGUUUUUUUGCCUCGGCUUUAAGCACGAAAGUCCUACUCACUUCCGCCCAUCAAUCACAUGUCCAAUCCCUUCCCCAUUCUCAAACCUGAUCCACAUCCUUCGUGCGAACUUUUGUCCAAUCCUACUUCCUGGAAUCUCCCCACGUACAUUUACGGUUCGGUAUCCCAAAUCCGGACCAUUCGUGGUAUCAUCUGAUCAAAAGGACAGGGACCCAUUUGGGGAAUGUGCAGAGAUGAUUUCAAAUGCUUGUAAGAUGAAACAAACUACCAAGAUUGGAUGGGCGGAUAAGGCGGGAUUCUUGAGUUAUGUUGAUGUUCGUCGGUCUUAAAUGAUAGUAUUGAAAUAUCCAAGAUUCUUUAUCACAUCAGUUCCCAAUUGCUGGUUUACAUCUUCACUGUAUUCACAAUGUAAACCUUCAUUUCUUGUUGAAGCGGUAUGCCGUGCAAGUAUCAUCAAUUG